UUAUGAAUUUGUAGAAAGGGGGAAAGGAGAAGAAGGAAGGAAGAGGAUUGAUUCCCAGUGAAGAUGGCUUGCGUUCACGAUCAUAGCUGCGAAGAUCACAACUGUUCAUCUGAAUUCUCUCUUUACAAACACAUAGACUUCUCAAAGGUCUCUGCUUUAAAUGAAUCUGUUACUGGAAGUGUGAAGUCAGUAUUCAAAUCUUGGGAACGACGGUUGGAUACUUCAGAGGGCAUUUUGGAGAGUAAUGAGGGUGAUCCUGAGUUGAUUGUGUUCAUUCCAUUCACUUCAGAUGUCAAGAUCAAAAGCAUCUCGGUUGUUGGUGGUGCUGAUGAAACAAGCCCGUCUAAGAUGAGAGCGUUUAUCAAUCGGGAAGGAAUAGAUUUUUCUGAUGCUCAGACUAUGCAACCAGUCCAGGAAUGGGAUUUGGUGGAAAACUUUCAAGGGAUAUUGGAAUAUCAAACUAGGUAUUCUAAAUUUCAAAGUGUGGCAAGUCUGACUUUGCAUUUUCCAGAAAGUUUCGGUAGCGAUAAGAGUCAGAUAUAUUACAUCGGUUUGAAGGGUGAAGCAACCCAGUUGAAGAGAGAUGUCAUCGCAACUAUUGUUUAUGAAAUUAUGCCCAACCCCUCCGAUCACAAGACUCGGGCUGAAACCGGAGGAGGUUUCUCGCAAGUUUAAUGAAAAAGACUAGGCAAGGGACUAAUGGUUUUCAGAAAUGAUGUUUUGUUUUUGAUAACUCUACAACUUUUAUGUAUCGAUCAAUAAAUAGACUGUCACUGUCUCA